AUGUCUACGCCGCAACCGCCUCAACCGUCACCAUCUCCCGUGCAGGCAAACGGCGUACCCGGCUUCCAGUUCAAUCCGUUUCAACAGCUACAAAACGCCGGCGCGAUGGACCCACGACUGUUCCAGCAACAGCAGCCGCAGAUGGGCGUGGGCAUGCAGAAUUCGACCAUACCAAAUCGGCCAGGUGACCAGGAAGCGCAGUCGCAACAGCUACCACAACAGUUCCAGCAACAGUUUCCGCAAAUGAUGCAAGGGUUGCAGGGAGGCAUGCGGCCUCCCUUCAACACUGCCAACCUUCCGCCCCAACAGCAAAUGAUGCUCAUGCAACGGUUGAUGCAGGCGCAGCAACAGCAGCAGCAACAGCAACAGCAGCAACAACAGCAACAACAGCAGCAACAGCAACAACCACAACAGCAACAGAUGGGGCAAUCGAACCUACACAUGGCAAUGGCGGCGCUGCAAGCGCAGCAAGCGCAGGGAGGAGGGAAUCCUAACCCGCAAAUGCUGGCCGCCUUGGCUGCCAUGCGCAAUAUGCCUCCUGGUGGCGGACAGAUGAGUGCACCGCAACAGGCCCUCCUCGCGCAGAUCGCAGCCAACAACCCGGCCAUGCAAGGUGGCCCUUCCGCCGCUGCGGCGCUGCAGACGCAGAGGUUGCAACAGUUCAUGCAGCAGCAAAUGCAGCAUCAACAACAGCAACAGCAGCAGCAGCAGUCGCAGCAGCAGCAACAGCAGCUUGGCCUUCAAGGCCAGCAGCUCCAGCAGCAGCAGCAUGGUGGACCGCAACAGCCACAGCAGCCCCAACCAGGUCAGCCUGGCGGCGUCAUGACACCAGAGAUGGCUCGUCUGCAGAUGCAAGGGCGACAGUCUCCGGCUAGCGGGUCGCCCGCCCGUCCUCCUGGUUCGAUGCCGCCACCUGCGCUCCCCCCCGGUGCUUCACCGCGGCCACCUGCCAUGGCCCCUCCGGGCCAGCAGCAAGGCCAUCCACCAGGGCAGCAACCGCCACGGUUCUCGUUGACUCCACAACAACAGCAAAUGAUCGCCUCACAAAGAAUGGCCAUGAUGAACUCGCCACAGUUCAAGGCACUGUCUCCACAGGCCCAACAGCAGCAGUUGGUGCUGAUGCAGCAGAACAUGUUGCGCGUAUUGUUCCAGCAGCAGCAGCAGCAGCAACAGCAGCAGCAACUGGCCGCCCAGCAGCAGUCCGCCCAACAGCCUCAAACGCCUGCCCAGCAACAGCAGCAGCCUCCUCAGCAGUCUCCGACCCUAACCCAAACCCAUCAGAGUCCUAUCCCCGCAUCCAGCAUCCCACAACACCUCGCGCCGAACCGUCCCGGCUCGGCCGCUUCUCAAAGAGCACCGUCUCCUCAUCCGUCAAUAGGCGGGCCAGGAUCACCUGCCGUUCGCCCCAUCGCCGCCACGCCCCCGCCUCAAGCCGGGACUCCUGCCCCAGGCAUGUCUUCAACACCAGCACCUGCCGCGGCAUCUCCCGCGUUAUCGCAUCACUCUCACCCUGCCUCUACCCCUCAGCAGCACCAGCCGUCUGCAUCUCCCAUGCCGCCAGGAGGGCCCGACGGCAACAGGACGCCGUCGGUCCAGCCCAUGGGCGUCAGCGUCAAUGGCCCGGCGGGUCCAAACGGCAUGCCCAGCUUCCCCGGACAGCCUUCGCAACAGGCCAUGCACGCAAUGCAGGCCAUGCAAGCCAUGCAGCAACAGCAGGGUCUUCAAAUGAGUCCGCACAAUGGCAAUCUACCUCGCCCGUUCCCACCUGGCAUGAUGCCCGCCGGUAUCCCCCCUGGGGCAGUGCAGAACAUGACACCAGCCCAGAGGCAGCAAAUGGCUCAGGCUUUGGGUUAUUUCUCGCAAGUUGGGCAGGGCCAACAGCCUGGCGGACCACCCGGCCCUCCACCAGCGGGUCAAUCGCCAGUGCGGCCACCAGAAGGGCAAGGUGGUCCGCUUGGGAUGAUGCCACAGUUCCGUCAGCUGGAUGAUCUCAAGGACAUCAAUCCCAACGAGUUCCCAUUCAACCCGCAGCUGCUGACCGUUCUACCUCAGCUAACCAACCCUCAAUGGCGCGAGCAAAUGCAACAGCGGAGUCCUCAGCACUUCCACGAGCUGGUCUCCAUCUCACAUCGGAUCCACACUGGCCAAAUUGCCCCCGCCAUGCUGCAAAAGAUGCAAAAGUACUACGGGGCGAUGCAGGCCUUCCAGGCCCAACGAGCACAGCAAGGACAGCCACCCAUGGGUCCUCAAGGACAGCCUAUGGGCUUCCCUCCACACCCAGGCAUGCCGCAGCCACCGAUGGGCGGCCUGCAGAGCGGACCUCUCCCGCCAGGUGGUAUGCCUCCGGGACAACAGCAGCAGCGCCCUUGGCUUCCCCAGCAAGGUUCAGCAUCUCCGGCAACUCCCUCGGCUCGCCCUCCGCCAGCGCACAUAGCUCCGGGUUCUGUGCCACCGGAGUCGCCUGCCUCUGCCCACGGUCGGCGGGCUGGCAAGCAGGAGAAGCAGCGCGAGAGCACGAUGCCUCCACCCACCUUUAUACCGUCGCACGGCACCCCUGGCCGACCACCAGCGCCAGAAACUCCGGCAGCCCCUCAACCGCCGCAGCCGGGUGCACUGCCCGUCAAGGAGUGGGAGGGCCACGUGAAGCUCGAGCUCCCCAUCACCCAGAUCACUCCGCUUCCCAUCGAUGAUAUCGACGAGAGGGUAGACCCCACCUUUGAUGGCAAGCUGCCCGAAUUAUCGGAGAGCGAGAAGGAAGAGAUCAAGCUGUCCAUGCAGCGCGACAAGGACUUUGCCGCCAGCAUACCGGAACACCGCAAGAAAACCGGAGCUAAGAUGGCGCGCUGGAAGGACAACGAGGAGCGUUCUACCCCUUGGUGGAUGCUGCGCAAGGGCGAGACCGUACCCCCUCGGGCUGUAGGUGGCAGGUUAGCCAUCCUUUACCCGGCCGACAAGGCUGCGCAGAGGUUGAAAGCUCGCAAGCGCCGCGAGAUCCGAUUCACCCCUGAGCAACUCAAGUCUAUGGCCGAGGUGGAGGACCACUGCGUGCCAGUCCGUCUCGAGCUUGAGCACGACCACCAUCGGUUCAGCGACACGUUUAUGUGGAACUGCUCUGACACUGUGGUGACUCCGGAGCUCUUCGCGCAAUCAUUGUGCGAUGACUUCAAGCUGCCGCCCACCCAGUUCGUGCCCAAAAUCGUUGCUGCGAUCAAGGAACGCGUGCGCGAGUACCAAGAUCAGGUCCUACCGAUCCAGCCAGCUGUGGACGUCUCCGGCAAGGGCAGUCUUGACGAGGACGAGGGCCAGGCUAUCCUUGAAACCUUCCGCCGCGCUCACGAGGCGGAUGACGAGGAGAUCAAGACGGACGAGGGCGCCGACGAGGACGACUCACACAUCCGCAUCGUGGCCUUCGACGACGAUGACGAUGACAAGGUCAUGACCGUUGAGGAGGCGAUGGUUUGCAUGCCGCCGCCCUCCGACGACAAUGAGUUGCGCAUUCUCAUCAAGCUCGACAUCAUGGUCGGCACCCAGAACCUCUCGGACACGUUUGAAUGGGACCUAAACUCGACUGUGCCACCGGAAGAGUUUGCCGCGUCCUACUGCCGUGACUUGGGGUUGAACGGCGAGUUUGUUACUGCGAUUGCCCACGAUAUCCACGAGCAAAUCGUGACUCACCAGCGGUCUCUAUUCCUUGUCGGUCACACCCACGGUGCGGGGUACAUCCACAAUGACGACGUGCGCAGUGCAUUCCAGCCACCUCUUACGUGUGCGUUGCGCAAGGAGGACUUGGCCAUGGCGCAGUUUACCCCCGUUCUCGCCAACUUCAGCGAGGCCGAUGUGCAGGCGAUCGAGAAGGAGCGCGAACGCGAACGCAAGCGGAGCAAGCGCCACACGCGUGGCCGUCGUGGAGUUGUCCUCCCAGACCGCGAGCCUCUCAAGACAAUGCGCACGCUGCUCCAUCCCACCAUCGAUCCGAACGCUCCGAUCCCCGAGCCGGUGGUAGUUGCCCCGACGAUCAGCAGCACACGUCGUGCGGCUGCUAUCGCGGCGCAAGCGAACAUCCAGGUGUCGCUGCAGGAUAUCCCCAUCCCCGACCGGCCAGCAUCCCCGCCGCAGGUCCACCACCUGCGCGGCGCUCACAAGAAGCAGUCGCUUCCCAGAUUCUCGCGUGGGGCGUCACGAGCCUCGCCGAGCUCGACGCGUGAGGGCUCGGUCGUCAAUGGCGAUCACACGCCAACGAUCGGGUUCAAGCGACACCUCCGCGAGGAUUCUGAGGAUCUCAGCUCUCCCAUCCCCCCACGCAAGCGGCACAAUGGGCGUGUGGCGGACAGCCCGGACCUGGACGAUGAGAUGGGUGAGGAUCAGCCUCCACGCGCUGUGCAGAAGGCGCCCUCCCCUGUGCCUGUCAAGCAGUGGCACUGCAAACACUGUGGCGUGCCGGAGACGCUCGCUGGCGUCAAGAUGAAGGACGUGAACGGGCAGCUGGAUCUGUGCGCAAAGUGUGGCAACCAUCUGCAGCGCACCGGGCGCAAGCGCAACGUCGAUUACAACGAGGACGAGGAGUACCACCGACUGCUGGACUCUGGGCCGAACUCGGGCGCUACUUCGCCAUCAGCCUUCGACCUUCCCGCUCCCAGUCCGCGAAAACGUCCGGCGGACGAGAGCGGGUCGAGUUCGUCAGGGUCAGACAGCGACAGUGAUGACUACGACGACUCUGCAGAACGCAAACGCAAGCGGGCCAAGCUCGCAGCCGCCAAGGCGACCAGCAAGCCAAAGAAGGAGACGCCGGCGCCCGCCACGCCCGCCACCCCCGUCGCGGCGCAGCAUGGCCUGCCCCCCGAUGGGCCGCAGCCGCCGGCGUGGGCGCGCCAAGCCCUCGUCAACAUGAACACGAAGUAUCCCGGCUCGCGGUUCGUAUUCACGAUGAAGGCGCGCCCUGCGGACCAGCCUCAGGCCGAACCGCAGUGGCGCGUCAAGUGUCCCGACUGCCCGGGCAAGAUCUACACGCUCGGGCCGGGGGAGACGCUCGACAACUUUGAGGCGCACGCAAAGUACAAGACGCACACGGCGAAUGUGCAGCAGCGCAUCGCGACGCACGGGUAUUAG